AGGAGGCUGGGCUGGCCAGGGGGUUAUUUUGGGAGCAGCUUCUGAGAUCCAAUGGCCUUGUUAGGGCAACACUGACCUUUCUGUCCCGGGAGGAGGGCAGGAUUGGACAGGGGCGGGGCAGCCUCCAGGAGAGCGACAGCCCCGCACACCCACACCCACGGGUGGAGGAGAAGGGGCCAGCCGGCUGCAGGAAUUCAGCCUGGGGGCUGGGACUGUCACGGAGGGGAAUUUCCCCUCUUUGAGACGGACUGGGGACCCCGCCACCCCACGCUUUCCCUGGGCUUCUUAAAGGGAUCACCGCGCUUUUCCUUGGACUCCAUGGAAGCCAGACUGGGGAUGCUCUGUGGAGGGUUUGAAUCUCUCCUUCCUGCUUCCCUCCCAACGGGCAGCCUUCCUCUGGCUGGCUGAGAGGGGCCUCCCAGGCAUGGCCCUGACCGGCCGGCCCAGUGCUGACUUGGCUCCUGGGCUCACUCAGCCUCUGGUGGCACCUGGCUUUCCCCCUGCCGGGGUGCGGCGGUGGUGAGUGGGGGGGGUCCCAGGCCCUGAGCAAGCUUGGAGCGUGCCGCUGGCACCCCCAUCGCCCCCGACCCCCAAGCUGGAGGACAGUCAGGUUGUCGGGGGCUAUGAUGAGAUGAGUGGGGGCCGCUUUGACUUUGACGAUGGCGGGGCGUACUGCGGGGGCUGGGAGAACGGGAAGGCCCACGGGCACGGGCUGUGCACCGGCCCCAAGGGCCAGGGCGAAUACUCGGGCUCCUGGAACUUUGGCUUUGAAGUGGCGGGCGUCUACACCUGGCCCAGCGGCAACACCUUCGAGGGAUACUGGAGCCAGGGCAAACGGCACGGGCUGGGCAUAGAGACCAAGGGACGCUGGCUCUACAAGGGCGAGUGGACACACGGCUUCAAGGGCCGCUAUGGAACCCGGCAGAGCAGCAGCAGCGGAGCCAAGUACGAGGGCACUUGGAACAACGGCCUGCAGGACGGCUACGGCACGGAGACCUAUGCAGACGGAGGGACUUACCAAGGCCAGUUCACCAACGGCAUGCGCCACGGCUAUGGUGUGCGCCAGAGUGUGCCUUACGGGAUGGCCGUGGUGGUGCGCUCGCCGCUGCGCACGUCGCUGUCGUCCCUGCGCAGCGAGCACAGCAAUGGCACGGUGGCCCCGGACUCGCCCGCCUCGCCGGCCGCGGACGGCCCGCCCCUGCCCUCGCCCGCCAUCCCGCGCGGCGGCUUCGCGCUCAGCCUGCUGGCCAACGCCGAGGCGGCCGCGCGGGCGUCCAAGGGCGGCCUGUUCCAGCGGGGCGCGCUGCUGGGCAAGCUGCGGCGGGCCGAGUCGCGCGCGUCCCUGGGCAGCCAGCGCAGCCGCGUCAGCUUCCUCAAGAGCGACCUCAGCUCCGGCGCCAGCGACAACGCCUCCACCGCCAGCCUGGGCGAGGGCGUCGAGGUCGCCGACGAGGCCGCGCCCUUCGAGGCCGACAUCGACGCCACCACCACGGAGACCUACAUGGGCGAGUGGAAGAACGACAAGCGCUCGGGCUUCGGCGUCAGCGAGCGCUCCAGCGGCCUCCGCUACGAGGGCGAGUGGCUGGACAACCUGCGCCACGGCUACGGCUGCACCACGCUGCCCGACGGCCACCGCGAGGAGGGCAAGUACCGCCACAACGUGCUGGUCAAAGGCACCAAGCGCCGCGUGCUGCCGCUCAAGAGCAACAAGGUUCGCCAGAAGGUGGAGCACAGCAUGGAGGGCGCCCAGCGCGCCGCCGCCAUAGCGCGCCAGAAGGCCGAGAUCGCCGCCUCCAGGACAAGCCAUGCCAAGGCCAAAGCUGAGGCUGCAGAACAGGCCGCCCUGGCUGCCAACCAAGAGUGCAACGUUGCCCGCAGUUUGGCCAGGGAGCUGGCUCCAGACUUCUACCAGCCAGGCCCGGAGUACCAGAAGCGCCGGCUGCUGCAGGAGAUCCUGGAGAACUCGGAGAGCCUGCUGGAGCCCCCCGGCCGGGGCGCCGGCGCCGCGGGCCUCCCGGGGCGGCCCCGCGAGAGCCCGCAGCUGCACGAGCGCGAAACCCCCCGGCCCGAGGGCGGCCCCCCGUCGCCGGCAGGGACGCCCCCGCAGCCCAAGCGGCCCCGCCCGGCGGCGGCCAAGGACGGCCUGCUGAGCCCGGGCUCCUGGAACGGCGAGUCGGGCACCGAGGGCAGCCGGCCCGCCACGCCGUCCGGGGGCCGCCUCAGCCCCGCGCGCCCCGCCACCGAGCACAUGGCCAUCGAGGCGCUGCAGGUGCCGCCCGCGCCGUCGCGGGAGCCGGAGGUGGCGCUCUACCAGGGCUAUCACAGCUACGCCGUGCGCACCGGCCCCGCCGCGCCGCCGCCCUGCGAGGAGGAGCCGGCGUCCGAGGUCUCCGGGUCCGACUCCGGGCCCCCGUCCCCGGUCGCCGCCCCAGUGCAGGCCCCCGCGCUCCCGGCCCCGGAGCCCGCGCCAGAGACCCCCUUCAAGCUGGAGCCCAAGCCCAUCGUCCCCAAAGCCGAGCCCAAGGCCAAGGCCCGCAAGACUGAGGCCCGAGGGCUGAGCAAGGCUGCGGGCAAGAAGAAGUCUAGGAAGGAGGCGGCGCUGGCGGCAGGGGCCGAAGCGGAAGUGGAGGAGGUCCCCAACACCGUCCUCAUCUGCAUGGUGAUCCUGCUUAACAUCGGCCUGGCUAUCCUCUUCGUUCACCUCCUGACCUGACCCUCGUCUGCCAGAGCCAGGAGUUCCUGCUGAGGACACAGAGACCCACCUUUCUGCAGUGCUGGGCAGGGAGGCC